GUCUCUUUCGUUCUGAGUUUCGCCUUCGUCUCCUGCUCUCGAUCCAGCGGAAUCCGCCUCGGAAUCGUUGCUGGCUCCGGUGAACUGAGCCGAAGCAGGACGAGCGUCCGAACCGGCGAUAUAAAGAGAGAGAGAGAGAGAGGGGAAGCGGCGGCGAUGAACAGUAGCUCGUCGUCGCCGUCGCGCUCGUCGAUGUCGACGGCGGCGGCGGUCUUCGGGGGGAGCGCCGGCAACGCCGCUCUGUCCGUGGAGGAGUUCGCCUUCCCGCCCGACCACAUGUGCCUCCACGACCGCAAGGCCGAGGCGAUGCAAGUUCUGAAAGCUGAUCUGAAGGCUGCGCUGGAGAAGGAGGUCAAAUCCAUGGAUGAGGAGAGCUGGAAGUUCGAAGGCCCUCGGUCUCGGAUCAAUCUCUUGUCUAAACCAGGUGGAUUUCUUCCCAGACAAAUGGCGAUAACUAGGCAUAAGGACUCCACUUCUGCAAAGUAAUGGAGACAUCUUUUUGGCCGGUGACGCACAGUGUCUCUGAUCAAUCAGAGAGUAGUUUCUUGGAUUACCACUGAAGUAACUCAAGCACUUCUAUGGGUGAACUUCAUUCUAGGCGGUUUCACUGGGUAAGUAAGUAUAUGGUUUUGAUCCUUGAGUCCCAUUUACAAGUUAGCUGUGUAUCGGUUUGUCCUGAGAUGCAAUAAUUUUGUACGAGCUUGAAUUGGCAAUUAAGAAGUCAGAGUGAUCUGCUGGUGUAUCUUACAGUUUUCUUGGAAUCAUGCUCCUAGAGCCAUAGAGAGACUAUGAAGAUGCGAAGGUCAGAAGAGAUGUACUUCACAAGGACAUUCGCUCUUCUUGUUUCUUUAGAAUUUUCAGUUCGUCAGUUUCUGCUCAUGCAGUUGGUUUAUUGGUUGUAGAUGUUGAAACUUGAUUCCACAAAGCCCUCUUGGACUUAUUGGUGUUACUUCAACUUACGCCAUCUUAUGAACUCAAUGCUUUUGGUAAUUCAAACAUUGAAGUCGCAAGCAAUGAAGUAUUGACAUUUUAUCUUU